AUUGUAUUUUUAUCAAAUAGGGGGCAGGAAGACUUUAUGGAGAAAUGGUGGUGGUUCAAUUCGAUAUUGUCUAAUGAGAGGUUAGAACAUAGGUAUGGUCUAAGUAAAUCAAUGGAUAGUCUUGAUGGUAUUGAAUAUACCAAUGAAAGUGAAGACUCCAUUCUAAAUGAUACGGAAAAAAACAUUCUUGGUUGGAGUGAUAGCAGCAAUUAUAGUUUCAGUACUGUUGAUUAUUUAUUUGAGAUCAGGAAUAUUUGGAGUUUGAUCUCUGAUGACACUUUUUUAGUUAGGGAUAGUAAUGGCGAUAGUUAUUCUGUAUAUUUUGAUAUUGAAAAUCAGAUUUUUGAGAUUGACAAUAAUAGUUCUUUUCUGGGUGAACUAGAAAGUUUCUUUUCUAGUUAUUUGAAUAGGGGGUCUAAAAAUAAGUACUAUCAUUACAUGUAUGAUACUCAAUUUAGUUGGAAUAAUCACAUUACUAAUUGUAUUGAUAGUUAUCUUCGUUUUGAAAUCGGUAUUAGUAUUACUAGUAACAUUUCGGGUGAUAUUGUCAAUUACAGCGAUGGUUACAUUUAUAGUUUCAUUUGUACUGAAAGUGUAAGUAGUAAUGAAAAUGGUAGUUCUAGUAUAAGAACUAGUAGUAAUGGCAGCGAUUUCCAUAUGAGAGAAAAUUCUAACGAUUCUGAUAUAAAUAAAAAAUACAGACAUUUAUGGGUUCAAUGCGAAAAUUGUUAUGGAUUAAAUUAUAAAAAAUUUUUUAGGUCAAAAAUGAAUAUUUGUGAACAGUGUGGAUAUCAUUUGAAAAUGAGUAGUUCAGAUAGAAUCGAAGUUUCGAUUGAUCCGGAUACUUGGGAUCCUAUGGAUGAAGAUAUGGUCUCUAUAGACCCCAUAGAAUUUCAUUCAGAGGAGGAACCAUAUAGAGAUCGUAUUGAUUCUUAUCAAAGAAAGACAGGUUUAACUGAAGCUAUUCAAACAGGCAUAGGUCAACUAAAUGGUAUUCCUAUAGCAAUUGGGGUUAUGGAUUUUCAGUUUAUGGGAGGUAGUAUGGGAUCCGUAGUAGGCGAGAAAAUCACCCGUUUGAUCGAGUAUGCUACUAAUGAAUCUCUACCUGUCAUUAUUGUGUGUGCUUCUGGGGGAGCGCGCAUGCAAGAAGGAAGUUUGAGCUUGAUGCAAAUGGCUAAAAUAUCUUCUGUUUCAUAUGAUUAUCAAUCAAAUAAAAAGUUAUUCUAUGUAUCAAUUCUUACAUCUCCUACAACUGGUGGAGUGACAGCAAGUUUUGGUAUGUUGGGAGAUGUCAUUAUUGCUGAACCUAAUGCCUACAUUGCAUUUGCGGGUAAAAGAGUAAUUGAACAAACAUUGAAUAAGACAGUGCCUGAUGGUUUACAAUCGGCUGAAUAUUUAUUCCAUAAGGGCUUAUUCGAUCCAAUUGUACCACGUAAUCCUUUAAAAGGCGUUCUGAGUGAGUUAUUUCAACUUCACGGUUUCCUUCCUUUGAAUCAAAAUAAAAAAGAAAAUUAA